UGUUAUCUAUUCGGCUUCUGAAAAGUCUGGAAAUAUAACCUAUUUCAUAUUAAAUACUUAGAUUUUGAAUAAUUUAAAUGGGAGAAGGCGUUUAAACCAACCACAUAUCCUUUGACAAAAUUUAAAAUGCAUAACGCAAGUGUUUUAUUGCGGAACACGGUGUUAUUCAAUCCGAACUUGAAGUCUUCUGCUCGUUUUGCCCGUAACGUAACAAAAGUUGCAUCACACAGUAAAUCAGCCGAUAAAUCUUUGUUGAGUUGUAGCAGAAGUAGAUUGUGGGUUCAGGGAAGUCGCGUGUGUAGUGCUAAUCACAAUGCUGUGGUUUUAAAUCGUCAAUUGGGAAGUGUGAGGUUAUUUUCAACGGGCAACAAGAAUGACCCGCCGGAGGAGGAUGUGGAACUGAAGGAGGAUACGCCGCUGUUCACGAGCCAGUUGCCGGCGCCGGUGGCCGUGCCUGAAGUCUGGCCUCAGGUUCCGGUCAUCGCUAUUAACAGGAACCCUGUGUUUCCAAGAUUCAUCAAGUUGAUUGAGAUCUCAAAUCCUGCCUUAAUUGACUUAAUAAGGCGGAAAGUGAAACUCAAUCAGCCAUAUAUUGGCAUCUUCCUCCGCAAGAAGGAAGAUGAGAAAUCUGAUGUGGUCUCCAGCCUUGAUGACCUGCACCAGGUGGGUGUGUUCGCCCAAAUCCAUGAGAUGCAGGACAUGGACUUCAAGCUGCGGCUGGUGGUGAUGGCUCAUCGAAGAAUAAAGAUCACUGGCCAGUUCAUUGAGGAGGAGAUUGAAGUGGGGCCUGCCGAAAUGAAGCUAAAGUUUCCCGUGUUUAACGUUGAGUUUAACGUCACCCGCGAAGAGUCCGACGCGGAGCGGCGGCGCCGCAAGCACAGGAACACGAGGAAACAGAAACCAGUGGCCGAAGAACCCAAGGACGCAGAGACUCAGAAGGAGGACAAAAAGAAGGUUCCGGAUCAAGUUAUGAUGGUGAAGGUUGAGAAUCUGAUGCAUGAGAAGUUCCAGCAGACGGAGGAGGUGAAAGCGUUGACGCAAGAAGUUAUUAAGACGAUAAGGGAUAUUAUCAACUUGAAUCCUUUGUACAGGGAAUCUUUGCACCACAUGUUGGCACAAGGGCAAAGGGUGGUAGACAACCCUGUGUACCUGAGCGACCUGGGCGCCGCGCUGACAGGCGCCGAGCCGGCUGAGCUGCAGGCUAUCCUGGAGGAGAUGGACAUUCCGAAGCGGUUGAUGAUGUCUCUAUCGCUGCUCAAGAAAGAGUACGAGCUAUCGAAGCUGCAACAGAAGAUAGGAAAGGAGGUCGAGGAGAAGGUCAAGCAACAACACCGGAAGUACAUACUUCAUGAACAGCUAAAGGUGAUAAAGAAAGAGCUAGGUUUAGAAAAGGACGACAAAGACGCGAUAGGCGAUAAGUUCCGUGAGCGACUGGCCGGCAAGACCGUGCCGGACGCCGUGCAGACGGUUAUAGACGAAGAACUUAAUAAGAUGAACUUCCUUGAGAGCCACAGCUCGGAGUUCAAUGUGACCCGUUGUUACCUGGACUGGCUGACCUCCCUGCCCUGGGGCAUCACAUCCAAGGAGAACCUCGAGCUGAAAGACGCCCAAGUGAUACUAGACGAGGACCAUUACGGCAUGGAGGAUAUUAAGAAGCGUAUCCUAGAGUUUAUAGCGGUGUCGCAGUUGAAAGGCAGCACGCAGGGCAAGAUACUCUGCUUCCACGGGCCGCCGGGAGUGGGCAAGACUAGUAUAGCCCGGUCCAUAGCGCGUGCGCUCAACCGCCAAUACUUCCGCUUCUCCGUGGGCGGCAUGACGGACGUGGCCGAGGUCAAAGGUCACCGGCGCACCUACGUCGGUGCCAUGCCCGGCAAGCUGGUGCAGUGCCUUAAGAAGACUGGCACGGAGAACCCACUGGUUCUUAUUGAUGAGGUUGACAAGAUUGGCAAGGGUGUACACGGAGAUCCAUCCUCAGCCCUCCUAGAACUACUUGAUCCGGAGCAAAACGCCAACUUCCUCGACCACUAUCUCGACGUGCCGAUCGAUCUGUCCCGCGUCCUGUUCAUCUGCACCGCCAACGUGGUCGAACAGAUACCGGAACCUUUGCGUGACAGGAUGGAGCUCAUCGAUAUGUCUGGUUACGUAGCCGAGGAGAAACUAGCGAUAGCCCAACAGUACCUGGUACCAACGGCGCGCAAGAACUGCGGGUUGACUGAGGAGCAACUCAAUCUGACGUCGGAGGCGCUGACCUCGCUCAUCAAGUCUUACUGCCGGGAGAGCGGUGUCAGAAAUCUGCAGAAACAUAUAGAAAAGAUAUCCCGUAAAGUCGCCUACAAGAUAGUAAAACAAGAAGCCGAGAAUCUGACCGUAGACGACAGCAACUUGUCCGAGCUGGUCGGCAAGCCCACGUUCAAGCACGACCGCAUGUACGCCGUCACGCCGCCCGGCGUCGUCAUGGGACUCGCCUGGACCGCCAUGGGUGGCAGCACUCUCUACAUAGAAACUGCACUUCGCAACGCGCAUCAAGACGACAAGUCACCAAUGGGCUCGCUAGAGCUGACCGGCCAUCUCGGCGACGUCAUGAAAGAAUCCGCCCGCAUCGCACUCACAGUCGCGAGGAACUACAUGCACAAACACCACCCGGAUAACACUUUCCUUAAUACUAGUCACAUCCACUUGCACGUGCCCGAAGGCGCAACGCCCAAAGACGGUCCAUCAGCCGGCUGCACCAUCACCACGGCGUUACUGUCUCUGGCGUUACGUCGCCCAGUUCGUGAGUUGGCCAUGACGGGCGAGAUCUCGCUCACGGGACGUGUACUGCCCGUUGGCGGCAUUAAGGAGAAGAUCAUAGCGGCGAAACGAGUCGGUGUGAAAUGCGUCAUCCUCCCCGAAGAGAACCGGCGCGACUUCGACGACCUGCCGUCGUUCAUCAAGGACGACAUCGACGUGCACUUCGUGAGCGACUACGAGGACGUGUUCCGCGUGGCGCUGGACGAGCAGCCCAAACGGGAGUUGAAAGCCACCAACUGACCACGGCUUCACGACAACAACGACUAACAGUUUCGCCAUGCUACAACAACGCGAAGUAACAAAGAUUUAACUUUGUUUAUAUGUGAGGAGACUGCAAUAAACGAUUUUAACUUG